AUGUUUGACCUCUUUGCAUGUGGCUGCGAGAUUGACGGACUCCUGGCCGUCGAGGAGGAGGAGGAGGAGGAGCGCAAGAAGCUGGUAGAAUUCGACUCAGAUCUGACGGAGCUCUUAGUAGGCAAAGAACUAUGUCCUUCCAUCAGUCCGGACUACCCGAGCUCGUUUCCAUCGCAGAAAGGCCUCGAUGCGAGUAUGAAGUGA